ACGCGCAAUCGCAAAUACAGACUGAAAAGAAACUUUGUGGUCUGCAGUGCAUUGUAUUGUUUUUUAUUAUCUCGAAUUUUUAUUUAUCUGGUGCUUUAAUUUGGUGAUAAUAGAAUAAAAUACAUUGUAAACACAAAGUUCCGGGUGUAGUGACUUCUAAAAGGGAGUUUUCGAGCUCUCAAAUUCGAAUAGAAUGUUUGUUUUGUUAGACCCUGAAUCAUCCAAGUUUACUAGCUGUCAUGGUGUAGAAAUGAGUGUAUUAAUUUAGUUUUGUGAAGGCUUAUAUCGGACAGAUACAAUUUAUUUAAUGUCCUAUUGGUAGGCAACAAUGUCAAACAGACAUAUUCCGGCAGAUAAGAUAAACUUAAGAUUAAUACUUGUUAGUGGAAAGACAAAAGAGUAUUUAUUCAGUCCAAGUGACUCGGCAGGAGACAUAGCACAACAUGUUUUUGACAAUUGGCCUGAAGAUUGGCGUCAAGAGGCAGUUUCAAAGGCCGAAAUACUUAGACUCAUUUACCAGGGUCGUUUUUUACAUAGCAACGUGACUUUGGGCGCUUUAGGACUACCUUUUGGAAAGACGACCGUCAUGCAUCUGGUACCGAGGGAGAACCUUCCAGAACCAAACUCACAAGAUCAACGACAGAAAAGUAAAGGAGGAAACAGUAGCUGCUGCUCUGCGUCCUGUUCCAUCUUAUAAUUAAACCGUAUACAUCUGAUUCAAUACUUACUUGUUUUAUUGAAGAAGUUUUAUAUAGACAACAAAAUAGUAUAAUAUGUGUAUGAAUGGUUGAGCGCGUGCUUGCAUAUAAGUGUGUUAAAAUAUUCAUUUCUACAUGAAACUGCGUUUCAUAAUUAUAAAUUUGUGAUAUAUCAUCGGUGUAAAAAAAUGAUACUCAUGUGCCAGACUGUUUUUGAAUUUCAAUUUAUCACAGUCUCGCUAUUUUAUUGUAUAUUAAGGAUUUUAUUGUACGUAUAUUAUUGUUUUUGAAUUAGAUUGAAAUGUUGUUUAAUUAACAUUAUUUAUGAAAUUCCCAUAUCUUGAGAUUAAUAUGACUUAUAUUUAUGAUACCUUCAAAAAAGUAUUUUCGACAAAUAAGUAUAUAAAACCUAAACCAAAAUGCACGAGAAAAUUAUAUGUAAGGGCUUGUUGAUUCUAUUUAUGUUAAAAUAAAAUCUUGGUCAUAAUCUUAUGUAGAUUAAGACUCGAUCUUAAGUGUAAAAAUAAAUAUAUUUCUUGGAAAGUGUAUUUUGGGUUUAGAUAUUAUACAUUUGUUUUUGUGAGUUAAGAAUAAACUAAAGCGGUUUAAUUUUGAAGGCUAUCUAGACAUAAAAAAGUGUUGUGUGCAAUCCAAAAAUAUGUCAUUUUUGCCCCAUGAGUGUUCUUUAUUGUUAUUUUUAUUUUAGCCGCAAACCGAUCAUUUUAUUAUGAAGUUUACCUCUUUUAUACUAAAUCGAUUAUUGCCAAGGAUUUCUUCAUUGUUUUAUCAAGUAAAUCGCUUGUCAAUAAUUGACAUUAAUUUCAUGGUAAACCUUAAUUUUGAUGUAACUUGUAGAUCUUUUAGAUUGUAUUCGUUUUACUGAUUUUUUUUUAAUUAAUAUAUGGCUGUUUUUACCUUAUUUUCUCUUUUGACUUUUAUAGCUAAAUAACCAUAAAAAUAAUUUUAAUAUUCACUGAUUAAAUUUAACGUGUUAUUCAUUACAAACAUCCUAAAGACAUAUGAAUCGGCUGUAUUGUUAUUUUGUCCAGUAUUUCUUAAAUUAUUUUAAAAGUUUUAUUUUUGUAUUAUACUGUGUAGGACGUAUUUUGUAAUAUAGCAAUAUUGUUCAGGUGGUGUCUAUAAUUGUAUAUAUAUUAUAUCUAAUAUUGCUCUUGUCUAUUCUAGCUUAAAAGUGUAGUAAAUUGAUAAAAAUAAACGUAUAUAAGUGGUUAGUUAUUGCUGUUUAAACUAAGUUAUUUCAUGUUGUCAAAAUAUAUGUCAGAAAUAAGACUUCUUGUAAACUUAAAAACAGCUUUUUUUGUGUAUUUGUAUGGAUACCUUAAAGCACAUAUUUCAGUGUGAACUUCCCAAUUCUAGUUUAUUUAUUAACAAAAAACUAAAUUAUUAUUAAUGAAAGCCACAUUGUAUAUAAUUUAUAGAAAAUAAUAAAAAAUAUCAAAAAUUUCUCCUGAAACAUGUGCUCAUAAGGGUGUACUUAUUUUUUAGAUUGAUAUAUGCAGAAUACCAAAAUUACUUUUUAUAUAAUUUUGUACAGGGUGAGUCAACAAUUGCAUAAAAUAGAUUUAAAUUAUAUUUGCCAAAACUGCCGAUAUUUGUAUUUAUAGCCAUUUUAAAUUUUAAUUGAAAAUUAAUGUUUUUCGUUAGUACUAUAAAACAUUAUUUAAAUAAUAAAAUUUCUAUGUAUAGAGUGUUUCAAAUAUACUUUUAGCUUAGAGAUUUUUUAUUGAAUUGUGUUUACUUCCAAAAAUAUGUACUGUUUGCAACAAAAAAAACCGACAUCACAGUGGCCUUUAAAAUGUUAAUUGCUGAUCAUUUUUGUCAGGCAGACUAAUAUAAGUAUAUCAUUUAUUCUUUUAUAUAAUAGAUUAUAUUAUAUUAAUUUUUGUAACAUAACAAAAAUAAUAUAAUGAAAUUGCAGGCUCAACCUGUAUAUUUUUAAUUUAGUGGUUAGUUUGAAUUUUGUAAAGUUUUAUUUAAGAAAAUAAAUGAAUUUUUAUUAAAGAUCAGUUACUCAUUUUAAGAUAUUGUCUAUAAUCCAUAAAAGUAAUCUGGAAAUAUAUUAAAAAAAAAAUUAUAAAACUUUAUUUUGAUUAUACAUAGAUUGUGUUUUAGAGUAGUAUGUUGCAAUAUUAGUCAUAUUUUUUGUUUCUAAUAUGUCAUUGCCUGUGUGUUAUAGUCGUUUUUUUAAUCUGUAAAUUUAAGAUAAGCCUAAGUAAUCUAGUUUUUUUGUUAACUCUAGCAUUACCUGACUCCUCAUAGAUGUAUUGACCUAAAUGUUUUGGUAAUACACUUUAUAAAAACAUUACAUAAAAAUAAAUACCUAAAAUCUA